UAAAGGUUUUCUCAAUGUAUUUCUCAAUACAGAAUAAUUACCUUUGAGGCGGUCACAGGUGCUUUGAAUAGUUGUGUAAGGUGAAUGUGAUUUUGUAGUAACUAACUAUAGUUGUUAUCUUGCGCUAGGUAAAAUAUUAAGCUAGCGUUAGCUUGUUUGGAUCGGACACUUUAACUGACGAGUUUGACGGUUAAUAUCAGUUUAAAAAGGUGAAUAUCCAAUGUCUUCCUUCAUAAAUGGCCAUUUCAACAUUUUUGACAUUAUAAACUAAUUACAUUUAUACGAAGAAGUAAUACAGGAGUGCUUUGUGAUAUUGUAGUGAAUACUUAAGUAAACUUUUAAGUUAUUAACUGACUAAACAUUUCACAUUUACCUGUUUCCUUUGCUCCGACUGGACCGAUCGAGUCAUCGGAGCUCUGCUCGGAGGCCUGUUUGAGGCAGUCGCGGGAAAUUGAAACUAAAUCGAUUCCCGCUUCAUCGAACUUCAAAAUAAACUUUCCAUGGACACACCGGCGGUGCCACUGGCGGGUAAGCUGGAUGCAGAACAAUGUGGAGGUAUGAACUGUGAGGAGCUGCUGAGGACCACACUGCACUGUGAUGACAAGGAGAAGCUUCGUAGGAAAUUGGCACUGCUACAGAGGGAGUACCUCAGGACAGCUGAGAGACUACAGCGUGCUGAGCGUUUGGAUGUAGUCCGGAGACAUGUGAAGAGUAGGAUCAACCAGCAGAACCACCAGGACCAGAGGGACAAAGAGGUGACAUCUGUCCCUCGUCUGAACCCAUCUUCAUUGAUACUGAACACCAACAAUGGGACAGAAACAAGGGCACACACUGGAGGUACAGCAGAUUCUAAUAACCCCAGGAGGAGCCAAGUGAUAAAGUUCCUGCUCCCCUCUGAUGCUGCUUGCCCACAAACCCCAGAUCCCAGCCAUGACGCAGCUAGAGGUCACAGAGCCAGUCCUGCCCUGCGGCUCAGGUCUCGGCGCAGCCGUCUGCGCUGGGAAAGGAGGAGCGCUGAGGCUGGCAGGAGCACAGACGACAACAGUGAGGAAGGACCGGAGCAGAGUGAAAGGAUGGAGACUGUUAGGACAGAAGGAGUUGAAGAGAGAGUCAAAACUAAAGAAACAGAGGUUGUGAAUGGAAGUGAGGAACUAUUUUCUGCUACUGACUCUGAGUUUCCGUCUCUGCUGCUUACACACUGGAACACUUGUGAACAAAUGGAAACAGAAGAUAAAAAGGAAAAAGAGAUCCAGGGACAACAAGAACAAAGGGAAAAAGAGACAGAGUUAAGAGCUGAAGGGAAGAAAGAAUCAGAGUCAGCCUCUUUGUUGAAACAUGUUAUACACACUGAAGGAAGGGACCAAGAUGGCACACCAAAUGAAAGAAGAAAGGAUACAGAGGGAGGAGUGGAAGAUGAGCAUAGUGAAGGACAGCGGGAUGGAAGGCUGUGUGAAGACAGCAGUAAUAAAGAGACUGAACAAGAUGCAGCAGCAAAAAUAGAAAGUGAAAAAAGUCAUAAUACCACAGCUGAAAUAAAAGAAGAAAAAAGUGAGACGAGUCUCCUGGACUCCUGUACUCUAGUAGAGGGACUACUUUUCCCAGCAGAGUACUACGUCCGAACCACAAGGCGUAUGACGUUUUCACAGAGUCAGCCUGACAUGCAGGCCGUCAUACUCUCCCAGUUGAGCAUAGGACGACCUCGCCGGAGCCGGGGCAGAGGAUCCAACAGACACACUGUGACAGGUUCGCCCUCAUCUGCAGAUCCUCGUAUGGAAUCACAGUCUGCUGAGCUAAACAGUCAGAGCUCCAGUGAGAUUUCAGAACAGAUCUCAGGUUGUCAGAUUGACACGGAGGCUUGUUUUUCUCCUAAGAUUACCCCUGCUCGUCCAGCAAGAGGUGGGAGGAAAAAAAGAGGGAGAAGGAGACCUCAGACCCCACGAUGCACUCCUAGUUUAGGCACCCAUCCACUCGGCCUGGAACAAUGCUCAGACAAUCUCAGCUCCCAGUUCUCUACCUCCCCGUCUCUGCGUGGAGCUGAUGAACCAAAGCUCUGCCUCGCUCCAGGAGAAGCUGCUGUUCCAGUGCAGGACGACCCCCAGCCGGCAUUCAUCCAAAGCACAGUUACACCGCCUUCUUCUGGAGUUAGUGGAGCUCCUUCUGGCUCUGCCUCUGAACAUCUGGAGAAGGUCUUUCCCAUCUUUCUGAAGGGCAGCAACAGGACUGGCAGAACCUCACAGAUGAGUAGAAGUGCAGAGAGCUGGCGAUCUCUCCUCUUGCCGUCCUCUCCACCUGCCCAAACUUCUCUGCCUCCUCUCUCCUCCCUGUUCCCCGGCCCAGUUGGGAACAACCUGAUGAACUUUGACAUGACGCUAGAUUUCCAUCUCCCGGAUGACCAGUUUGCUUCCUUGAAGUUGCAAAAACUCCGGCAAGUCGCCGUCGGUUCAGGAGUUGAACAUUUUGUAUCUCCAGCUUACAACACGCGCAGGAGCUACUGGCAAUCUGACGCCCACUUAAGCAGCAGUGACGCAGUGAUGUCUCUUCCACUCAGCCUCACGGCCACAAUCCCAAGUUCCCCCCAUCCCACUGAAGCACAACAAGCUGCUGCACAAAACCUUUCAAUAGAACACGACCUUAUAGAUAAAUUGACAAGAACUGGAGAGUCAUCUGAGCGAGAUGUUACAGAAAACCCUGGAGAGCAGCAGACUGAAAACCCUCACCCAGAGAGUCGGACUCAUGCAACCUUAGCAGAAUCGAUGUCUGUGGAUCAAAUUUGUGCUGCUGACUGUGUCGAUCAAUAUAAAGAGCAAGAUACUGUGACCCUGAGUAUGGACCACCCUGUCGAAUCACAGCCUCACAUCAACUUUGCAGACAAACCUGCAGGCGAAGUGAAUGAUAAUAUCAUCGGACGCUCAAAAGAACUUCAAUUAGAAGAGCCCUCUGUCAUUUUAUCAGAAGAACAAACAGAUUGUCCUGCAGUAGUCCAUCCACUGGAGAAUCAGAAGUCUAGAAACACCCAAACAGAAGACAGAGCUAUCAUCGAGACUCUUUCCUUCGAUUGCCCUUUACAGAAAACCCCCGAGGAGCCUUCGAACAGCUGCACUCCUGUACAGUUAUGUAAUGACGGUGAAGCUUCACCUGUGCAGCAUGUGGGUGUUAAUUCUCCUGCUAAAGAUUCAAAGGAAUACCCUGAACCCAGUCCUCCCAGAGACAGGCCGGUGGAUGAUAAAAAUCAGAAGUGUUCACCGCACCGCAGAGUUCACUCCCAGCUCCUGUUGAGCCCUCCUCUGGCGUCAGCACCCUUCAUAACACCACACCUGCCCUCUGUGCUCCUCUCCAGCCCCACAAUGCCAUCACUAGGACUGACCCCACACCCUGUCCACGCCGCUCUAACUUCCUCUCCAUCUGCCCCAUCUCUCACCCUGCCUCCUCCUCAUAGCCCGUCCACCUUAGCUCUCUCUCCUCCACCUUUGUCCCCCUGUCCAUCCCUCCCUCCUAGCCAGCCUCCCACCUCCCCUGCAGGUCAGUUCCAGACUUCCUCUGAGCAGUUACGUAAAGAUGAUGACUCCCAGAGGGUUGAACCUCCUACUUGCCCAACGGUUUCCAGCAACCAGUCACAGGGCUCAGGUGGACAGGUGCACCUGAGAACAGAGGAGGCGGCAGAAGAGCAUGUGAUACGAUGCAAACACACACUCAAGGCCCCAGCAGGAGGCUGUCUGGUGGAUGCAUGCUGUCUGCUUGGAUCCUCAGGUAGUUUGUGUGUCGCAGCAGCUGGAAAGUGGGCUGUGUGCCUCUGGAGUCAGACUUCAGCUGCUGAUUGGAGGUUAACACACACCUGGGCCUUCAACGAGGCCGUGAUCAAUGUGUUUCCUGUCCCGGAUGCUUCUGGGCUGAUGUGUGUGACUCUGGGUCAGUUGGAAAUCAGAGAAGUGAGGAUGCUGUCGUGCUCCAGCCUCUCACAGACUCUGCUCUGUGAGGGCGUCGUCCAGGCUGUCCUGUGUGUGUCACAGUCCAGAGUGGUGACCUCCGCCCACUCAGCAUCUGGUUCCACCCUGCAGGUGUUCACGCUGUCAGACAGUGGCAGCGCAUCAAGCUCUCAGCCUCUCGUGUCUCCUGGUGUUUGUGUCGGGCUCCUCGCUCCAGUGGACGGACUCUCAGAUGCUCUGAUCGGCUCAGAUGAUGGUGGACGCCUCUUCAUCUGGAAUUUAAAGACUGGACAGCUUCUGCAGAGAAUCAUCCUUGGCGAUGGUUUAUCACACACGGCCUGUGUCAGAGGUUACUCCUACUGUGGAGUGUUAUUUGUCCUGCUGCAGCAUCAGUUGCUCAGCUCCUUGGAGGAAGAAGUAAAAGAGGUCACUGCAAAGGAAGAGGCGAAGGAAGAGGAACGGAAGAAGACUGCUCUGUUCUCUUUAGUUGCCAUUAACCCUCGGAGUGGGAAAUCUGUCCUAGCCACUCAGCUGUAUCCGCCCAAAGCCUGGUCUGGCAGGCUGUGUGAAGCCGACGUUAGUGGCUCCAGUGUGGUCGGCCUGAGUCAGAGCGGCUGCGCAUGCGUGUGGGAGCUCGGGCGCCGGGGGGCCUCGGGGAUGGUGUGGGCUCCUGAGAGUGAAGGCUGGCAGCUGGCUCGAUGGGGGGGAGGAGGCACGCUGGUGACUGGACAUCACAACGGAGACGUUUCUUUACACUGCUGAAGUCUGAGUCAGACUCCUCUCUGCCACGAACGUAACUGAUUACUUUUAUCAAAUAAAAAUGUCUGUCUGUCACUGGAUGAAGAUUUUAACCUUUUAAAAUACUUCAAUGUCACAUAUGGUUCUGCAGUUCUGUGACUUCCCUUAAAGACAUUUUAGUUUGACGUGUGUCUCCAAACCCAUAUUAUACACUGUAAACUGAACAUGUUGCAUUAUUUACAAAGUAACAUGACCUCAACGAGACUGUUUUCUUCCAGCCUUUAAAAUAUUUCAACACUACCAGUAUCACAAACUGAACCCCUGUGUGAGAGUGUUUACUUGAUGGUGGAUUUUCAUUUUUUAGACCACUGAAACCCAAAAACCAACUUUGUGUUUUAUUACUGCUGCUGAUUUGUUCUUCACUGUGAUUGCUUGAAUACAUUGUUAUAUUUCAUAUAUUUAAAGAAAAAGAAGUUUGUUUUUAUAAUUUACAUUAAACAUUUGUGAAAUCUAA